AUGUUAACGGCGGACCAACGGAAAAUCUUCGAGAAAACGAUCAAAAAGCGCGAGCUCGCAUCGUUCGGGCGAAAACCUUCCCUCGGGGAAAUCACCGACAACCGAUGGUUGGAUUGGCACAAAGGCCACAAGCACGUGCAAGUGAAAGUGUCCGGACGAGGACGAAAAGGCGACGAAAGCGCGGCGAACGUUUUGGUGGACGACCAGAGUCCGGUGUACGCGUUAGAUAAAGGCGAUCCGAAUUACGAUUCCACCGAAGAUGCGGAGAAGACGGUGUUCAGGGAGAAGACGUUGAUUCAAGGGUCGGAAGCGUACGACCGAGUGAAGGCGUAUAAGAUGGCGAGCGAGGCGACGAUCGAGGAAUACUUUGAUUCGAACGACAUCGCCGAGGCUGGGUUACGAUUGAGAGGACUGGAAGAGCCUUUGUACGAGCAUUUUUUCGUGAAGAAAUUAAUCACGAUGGCGCUGGAUAGAGGAAAUAGAGAAAAAGAAGCCGCGAGCGCGUUGUUGUCGGCGUUUUACCCGAGCGUGAUUUCCGGGAAGCAAAUGAUGCGAGGUUUCGUCGAUUUAGCGGCGAGCGUGCACGAUUUAAAAUUGGACGUUCCGGAUGCGAUUGAAACGAUCUCGACGUUCAUCGCGAGAGGUGUCGUGGACGAUAUUUUGCCACCAAAGUUUGCCGAGGUGACUUUAGCCGGAGACCCGACGUGCCAAGGUCCAGACGCGCAAACGGUGGCGAGUAAAGCGAGCGAGCAAAUUUCGCAGCGCUUUUCCACGGACAGAGUGUUACACGCGUGGGGACAUUUCGAUAAAACCCCGUACGAGCAGGCUAAGACGGAGUUGGAGAUGCUUUUGAAAGAGUACUUGGAAUCGCACGACGUCACCGAGGCGAGAAGAAGGCUGCACGAUUUAGCGAAACCGUUCUUCCACCACGAAUUGGUGAAGAAAGCGCUGGUGAUGAUGAUUGAAAGCGAUAAAGAUUCCAACGCGCCGGCGAUUCUGUUGGGUUUAUUGCACGUCUUAAACAAUUCAGGAGAAGUGUCCGCGGUACAAAUGACCAAAGGUUUUACGAGAGUUGGAAACUUAAUCGAGGACUUGUCUUUAGACGUCCCGAACGCGAAAGAACGAUUCGAAGAGAUUAAGAAGUUAGCGCACGAAACGGAAACUCACGUGAGCGUCUUAAUCGACGAUAGCGAUCGCGAGGCUUUUUAG